AUGUCAACAACAGUUGCUACAAUACAAAUUGUUACUAAUGAAAUGAAUUACUAUGGUCCAAUAAUUAUUUUAAUUUUUGGUAUUUUUGGUUGUAUUUGUAAUUUUAUUACUUUUACAGCAACACAAUUACGUAAGAAUUCUUGUGCAUUCUAUUUUCUUUGUGCAACUAUAUUUGAUUUAUUAUCUAUUAUAUUUGGAGUUACUACUCGAUUUGCUAAUGAUCAACUUGGUAGUACUCUAUUACAUACAAAUCGAGUAUAUUGUAAACUUCGUGCUUAUUUAGUUUCUGGAAUUCCAUUAGUUUCUAUGUAUUUAAUUUUAUUAUCAUCUAUCGAUCGAUAUAUGUCAUCAUCAGUUAGUGUGCGUUUUCGUUCAUUUAGUCAAAUGAAAAUAGCUUAUCGUGCAACAGUAAUAGCUAUUGUUAUUAGUUUUUUAUCAUGUUCUCAUAUUCUUAUUUUAUAUGAUCUUCGACCAGUAUGUGCUACUAUGCCAGGUCCUUAUACAAUAUUUGAUAGUAUGUUUGUCGUAUUUUGGUCGGGUAUGAUUCCUCAUGUAUUAAUGUUAAUAUUUGGUUUUCUUACUAUUAUGAAUACCCGACGAAAAAAUCGACGAAUACACAUUCGAUUACAAACAACAAAUCUUACAGUUUAUAAUCAAACUCAAAAUCUUGAAAGAAAAACAGAUAAACAAUUAAUUAUAAUGAUGCUUGUUCAAAUAGGAUUAAGUUCAUUAUUAAUAAUGACUCGUAUGAUUUAUUAUGCUUAUUACAUAUUGAAACUAAGAGCUACUGGAUAUGAAAAAUUAGUCGAUUCAUUUUUAACGUCUUUUACUAUUCUUGUUUAUUAUACUAACUUUGCAAAAUCAUUUUAUAUUUAUACAUUAUCAAGUCAUCUAUUUCGUUCGAUAUUUAUACAUAGAAUAAAAUUAGUUAUUCGAAAAAUUCUUGGUCAAUAUGGACAGUCUAUAUUCAAUGAUAACAAUAUUCAAACUGUUACAGCAAUUGUACCUAGUCGAACUCGAAAUCUAGUCUAA